AUAAUUCGCAUGUGAUUGUCAGUAGAUGGACGGUUUAAUAAAUUGAUGAUAGAAUAAAACAGUUCAUCAUCAUAUCUGUGAAAUCAGAGUUUCUGUUGUUGUAAACAACCAGAUCAUAGACUUCAAUGUUUAUACUAAUGUGUAUUUAUUGACUUUUAUAAUAAAAUAUUUUAGUGUACAGUAUGAGCAGUGAUUACAUAGAAUAGAAAUUAGAAAAUAAUUUUUGGCUGAUAUGUCGGAUUACUUAUUUUAUAGGGUCUUUCGAAUUGACUCACUUCAUUAGAUCUGAUUAUAUCAAACCAUACUUCAUCAACACCGAGGUCCAUGGACCAAUAUAAGUACCUACUGUAUACCGAAAUGUUACCACUUGUUUUAUGAUUCACAUAAAUUGAUUACAUAAUGUUAGCUAUUUUUUUCUUCUUGUAAUUCAACUUUAGCAUGGAUAUAUUUGUAGAUGAAACGAGUAAAAAUUCUCGUUAUGAAAAAGUAUGUUAUCUUGGUGAAGGUCAAUUCGCUAAUGUAUUCUUAGCUCAGGAUAAUAAUAGAAAUGGACAAUUAGUAGCUAUUAAAAAGGUUAAAGCAGGUCCACGUUGGGUAUUAGCUGAUGGCAUGAAUUUAUCUGCUAUUCGAGAAAUUAAAAUUCUUAAAGAAAUUGAUCAUCCCAAUGUUUUGACUCUGCUUGAUGUAUUUAGUCAGGAUAGGUGUAUUUGUUUGGUAUUCGAUUUUAUGUCAUCUGACUUGGAAGCUUUAGUACAUGAUCCAACAGUUGUUUUGAUACCAGCACAUGUUAAAGCUUUAAGCUUACAGCUGCUUCGAGGUGUAGAAUAUUUACACGCCAACUGGAUAUUACACCGUGAUUUGAAACCCAACAAUCUAUUCCUCAGUAAACAGGGUAAAGUGAAAAUAGGCGAUUUUGGUCUAGCUCGUCAAUUUGCCAGUUCACCUACUCGACCAAUGACACAUCAAGUGGCUACUCGUUGGUAUCGUGCUCCUGAAUUAUUUUAUGGUUGUACUUUGUAUGGUGUCGGUAUUGAUAUAUGGGCUGUUGGAUGUAUUAUAGCGGAAUUUCUUUUGCGAACUCCUUUAUUUCCUGGUGACUGUGAUUUAACUCAGUUGGCCAAAAUAUAUGAGAUCACAGGGACACCAGAGGAUGAUACAUGGCCUGAUGUUUAUCGUUUACCUAAUUAUGUAAGAUUUGAACGUCGACCAGGCAUACCAUUCUCACAGAUAUUUACCGCAGCUAGUACGGAUCUUAUAAAUUUACUAGAGACUUUGUUAAAUUUAAAUCCAGAUGCACGUGGAACUGCUGCCAAUGCGUUACAAUCAUCUUAUUUUACAUCAAAACCAUAUCCUACACCGGAAAAUGAAUUACCACAGCCUAAAGUUAAUCGGACUGUCGCUAGUUUACUACAUCAACACGAGCAUCAACGUGGUUUGCAUAACCCUCUAGAUCCUGGUCUAGCCAAAGCAUCACGAUCAGAUGUAAUAGUUCCUAGUUUAAAAUUAGAAUCAACUAAUGUAAGUACACCAACACCAACUGCAACCAAUCGUAAAAUAACUCGUUCUUUGAAAAAAUCAAUGGAACCGGAUGAUUCAAUAUCACCGUCAUUACCACCUACAUGUGCUAAACGGUUACAUUUAUAA